ACUUUUGAACCUCCCGAAUCUAAACGAACAGCACAUAUCCGCACUAUCCCAAAGCCCAGCGUCGCCUGUCCUCCUCGCUCUCUCGCCGCCAUCGCCAAUUGAGCAGCCACUCACCGUCCCUCGCCAUGGCCUUCAGACUCUCUCCUCUCCUCUUCAGAUCAGCCCUCCGCUCGGCAACGUGUCGGGCGGCGAGGCCUCAGUUCCGCGCCUUCUCCCUCACAGCCGUCCGCCCCAGUGACACCCUCCAAGUGCACCGCGACUCCCCGAAAAACAACGCCGAUGUCCCCUUCAAGUUCACCAAGGAGAAUGAGGCCGUCAUCGACGAGAUCCUGAAGCGCUACCCGCCGCAAUACAAGAAGGCCGCCGUCAUGCCCAUCCUCGACCUCGGCCAGCGCCAGCACGGCUUCACCAGCAUCAGCGUCAUGAACGAGGUUGCUCGCAUGCUCGAGAUGCCCCCCCAGCGCGUCUACGAAGUCGCAUCCUUCUACACCAUGUACAACCGCACUCCCGUCGGAAAGUACUUCAUCCAGGCCUGCACAACUACCCCCUGCCAACUUGGCGGCGUCGGCUCCGACGUAAUCGUCAAGGCCAUCAUCGACCACCUCGGCAUUAAGCAGGGCGAGACCACAAAGGACGGCCUCUUCACCCUUCUCGAGGUCGAGUGCCUCGGUGCUUGCGUCAACGCCCCCAUGGUCCAGAUCAACGACGACUACUACGAGGAUCUCACCCCCGAGACGACCGUCCAGCUCCUCGACGCCCUCAAGGCCACCGCCGCCGCCACCGGUGGUUCCGCCGCCGCCCAGGUCCCCAAGCCCGGCCCCAUCAAGAGCGGUCGCCAAACCUGCGAAAACUCGAAGGGUCUGACGAACCUCACCUCCGAGCCGUGGGGCCCCGAAGUGACGCGGAGCGAUUUGUAAGAAAAGUAGUGUCACGACCCAGAGAGAGAGAAAGAGAGAGAG